UUCCUUCGUCAGUGAUUUCAAGCUCAAGUCCAUGGCGUCUCAAGUCGAGCCCCACUUGGAACCCUGGCGCUCCCUGCAUGGCAAAGUUGUCAUGGUCACCGGCGCUUCCUCCGGUCUCGGCCGAGACUUCUGUCUCUCCCUCGCCAAAGCCGGCUGCAAGAUCAUCGCUGUCGCUCGGCGGGUCGAUCGCCUUAAGUCCCUCUGCGAUCAAAUCAAUCAAUUCAGCUCUUCAGACGUCCAACCUGGGAGCAUUCUUGCAGUGGCGGUGGAACUGGACGUGUCUGCCGAUGGCCCCACCAUCGACAAGUCCGUGCAGAAGGCGUGGAACGCGUUUGGCCGUAUUGACGCGUUAAUUAACAACGCCGGUGUUAGAGGAAACGUUAAAUCACCAUUGGAGUUGUCUGAGGAGGAAUGGAAUCAUGUUUUCAAAACAAACUUAACAGGAUGCUGGCUGGUGUCCAAAUCUGUAUGCAUACGCAUGCGUGAUGCACAGAUAAAAGGCUCAAUUAUCAAUAUUUCUUCAAUAGCUGGAUUAAACCGUGGGCAACUGCCUGGAGCUACUGCCUAUGCAACUUCAAAAGGUGGAGUAAAUAUGUUGACGAAGGUGAUGGCGUUGGAGUUGGGGGAAUACAAAAUCAGGGUGAAUUCAAUAUCGCCUGGACUUUUCAAAUCUGAAAUCACUGAAAAGUUAAUGGAGAAGGAUUGGCUGAAUAAUGUGGCCCAGAAAACAGUGCCUCUGAGAAGAUAUGGUACCGCAGAUCCAGCAUUAACUUCGCUUGCGCGUUACUUGAUUCAUGAGUCCUCUGAAUAUGUAUCGGGAAACAAUUUCAUAGUUGAUGCUGGCGCCACCUUACCUGGCGUGCCUAUUUUUUCCUCCCUAUGAAGUACUGCGAUCUUCUUUCAAUUUUUUUUUUUAAAAGGGAUGUUUACGGUUACCUAUGUAUAUCUUGACCUUACUUAGGAAGGUGUAAAUUUCCAUGGUUUCUUUCAAGAUUGUACCGACAGAAAUGGAGAGGUUUGUAAUUUAUGGUGGCUGGAAUGGGGUUUGAGCUUUUGGUGGGGGAAGAUCUCAGAGCCCGCACAGCAGCUCUGUAGGAGUUUAGCUAGAAAAAUUGGCUAAUCUCUCAUAGAGAAAAGGACCCAGUUGGAAAGCGGUUUCCGAACCAUGUCUCGAGAACCCUGUUUUAAGACGAUGUUGAAGAGCUUUCUGCAA